GGGCUGGGAAGUGGUUUCUUUAGCAAGAUGGCGGCGAGCGGCCUCCGCCCGGUUGCUGCUGCGGCCAGCACCUCGGUGAAGCCCAUUUUCAGUCGGGACAUGAACGAGGCGAAGCGGAGGGUGCGCGAGCUCUAUCGAGCCUGGUAUCGGGAGGUGCCGACCACUGUGAACUUAUUCCAGCUAGACAUCUCUGUGAAACAGGGACGGGAUAAAGUCCGAGAAAUGUUCAUGAAGAAUGCCCACGUCACAGACCCCAGGGUGGUUGAUCUUCUGGUCAUUAAGGGAAAGAUGGAACUGGAGGAAACGAUUAAAGUGUGGAAGCAGCGGACACACGUUAUGCGGUUCUUCCAUGAAACAGAAGCACCAAGGCCAAAGGAUUUCCUGUCCAAGUUCUAUGUUGGCCAUGACCCAUGAAGUCAUUCAGUGGAAAGGUGCAUGUUGAUAUUUAAAUACUUUAGAGUACAAAUAAACUCAGUGUAUGAUGGUCACUUCA